GGUCCUGAGAUUCAGUCAGCUGUGUUUAUGAUUUCUGCUAAAUUAUAUCGAGGCUUGGUAGUAAAUUGGCAGAAUCGAGUUAAUUUCCAAAGAAAUAUACUUUUAUUGAUUUAAAAUGACGAAAAUAGUAAGUGAACUAAGUAUGAACGAUCUUAAUAUAAAGUUCUUUGAAAUAAUGCAAAACGAGAAUAAUGCAGAGGAAGCGGCCAGUUUUAUUUUUGAUAGUGUUUGUGACGAUGUUACUUUGGGUUUUGUGUUUGAGUUUCAUCACGGUCUUAAGACUGGUCUAACAGAUUUAAUUGAGGGAGAAAAAGAGGAAGAUGACAGCUUUAAAAUAGUGAAUUCACCAGAAUGCGAUGUCUUUGGCCUAUCUGUAUUAAAAAAGACCCAGGAUACAAACUGUGUUUGCCCAAACUGCGAUCGACCUGUUUCCGCGACAAGGUUCGCACCUCAUUUAGAAAAAUGCAUGGGUAUGGGUCGCAACAGUUCCCGUAUUGCAUCACGCCGAAUAGCAUCAAACAGCCGAGAGCCUACAUCAUAUGCUGGACUCCUGAGUGAUGAUGAAGAUGAUGCGGACUGGGCUGGUGGCUCACUACACACUGAAAGAAGAAAGCGUAGGAUCAAGAACAACAAUAGUAGAAAACCAGCAAAAGUUCACAAAAAUAACAGUAGCAGAACCAACAAUGGUACCACAAACUGUGAUUCCAACGACGGUGGUGCAACCUAUGAAACAAUGUCAGCUAACGAGAAGAAAAAUCUCCUACUUCAGAUAUGCGGUGUUGUUUCCGAACAUACAAAGAAACUGUGUACCAGGUCGACACGUUGCCCACAACACACAGAGGAACAACGACGAGCUUUACGCAACAGCGUUCUGGAACCUUCCACACCGGAGUCACAAACUAUGGGAUUGACAGCUGAUGAUGCAGGUUCCCCUCCAGACUCUAGCCCAUCUUCUUCUUGUUCCUCGUCUAGCCGUAAGCGUGACAGGCACCGCGCGCCGCCUAAACUCAAAGGUAAGCGCGAAAGGAAUAUAUCACCUAAUAGCAGGGAUUAAAGUCCACAAUGCUUUGUACUGACAAAGGGACGUGCAGGUAAAAUGGUAUAUCAUUUUGAAAGUUUAUUAUAUUUCAAAAAUUUUGUCAUACAUAUGUUCAACAUACAACAUAUAACCCGCACUUGUACAGCGUGGUUGACUAUGGCCUAGUCUCCCCUAACUUAG